AUGGAUUUCAAAGAUGAGAAUAGGAGGAAGUUUCAAGAUAAGCAGAAGUUGAAGAACAAACAUCUAACAAAGAGUGAUAGAAAAUAUGUAAAUAUAAAGAAAACUGCGGAGAUAAAGGCAAGUUUGAAGGAAAAGGAAGAACAAAAGACAAUCAAGUUGGGUUCAAAUGUGGAUCGAUAUGAAGAAAUUGAAGUCGAGCAAACUGAUGAUUUAGAUAUUCAUGCGAUUAAUAACAAAUUAAAGGCAAAAUUGCCCUUUUCUAAUGACGGGCCCAAAAGUCCUAAGGAACCUAUUAACACAAAGUUUUUGAAGACAAUGGAUAUUAAUGACUUAAAUGAAUUAUUAGGAGUUGAUACUAGAAAAACAAGGAUGAUAACAAAGUUUCCGAUGAAAAGACAAGGACCGAUCCGAAUAAAUCAAAUACCGCUAUAA